UGAAUUACCUUAAGUAACUGCAAACAAAUAAUGAAUUACCUUAAGUAACUGCAGGUAAUAAUGCCGUAUAGUGUCUGACAGUUAAAUAGUACUGUUUGUUCUAACGACAUAGAUUCGAGUUGUUACAAGUGUAAAGUACAGACACUCGCUCGCGUCGUUCAUGGAGAACAGUGGUCGGGUAUCUAAACCCAGGAAUUCUAUGGUAUGCUUCGUCAUUAUCACUGCAGUCGCUGCUGAUAAACAUUGGUCGAUACAUCGUCUCACUGGGCAGCUUCAAAGCCAUUAGAAAAGUCUUCUGUAGUAUCAACGGUUCUCGCCCGUCGAUUUAAACCAGAAAAGAAUCUUUGAAUUUACCACUAUGUCCUUAACGUUACUUAAGUAUUGCUUUAAUACGAAUAAUAACGAAAAUGUAUGCCUUAUUGUCUUUCUUCUUGAAGAGAUUUUGGCCUUAACUUGUGUUUCAAGCUAUUAGUCUGUAGGACGUCCCACUCUUUAGUAAAGUUGUGUACAUAAAACCGUUAAGUUUGUUUAGCUAGACUAAUUGUUACUAAUUCAUUAGUGCAUAAUUGCUAAGCUGUUGUCAUAUUGAUUGAAAACAAAAAAAAAACACUUAACAAUAAUAUCUAGACAUGGGAAACGAGGCGAGUCAAGAACAAGGCACAGAUCAGGUUGAUCAAGUGCCAAGUGGACAAGCUUUUCCGGGACGACCCCAAGAACAAACACGUGUGGGAACGGGGUUUGUUCCAAUGGGAGGGCCUCCUCCUUCUCAAGACUCUCAACAACCUCAGCCUCCAUUAAGCAGACCUAGAACUUUGGAAACUAUGUCACAUCAACCAAAAAUGGCGGCAAAGUUUCAAGUCAUGACCCCAGCAGCACCAGAAGUUGACCUCAGUGACCUUUCAGAAGCAGAAAGGGCCCAAAUCUUAUCAGUGAUGGCACAGGCAGAGCACAUGGACAAAGAUUUAGAAAAACACAGAAAGAAAGUUCAGCAUACUCGACAAGAAACCACUCCUGGAACUACCUCAGCGCCGCCACCUGUUCAAACUCAGCAACAACAGCUUUGCCCACAGUGUCACGUGACUGUGCUAACAGCUGAAACCAUGUCCCAGUGUACAGACUGUAAAAUAGCCGCCUGUCGGAAAUGUGGAACAUCACUGGCAGAAGCAGAUGGAAGGGCCGUUUGGGUUUGUGUUGAAUGUAUUCGACGAAGAUCUCAAAUCUCAAGCAGCCAAUCACGAAAACCAGACUACAGAGGAGAUCAAGAGUCGUCAUAUCAGAAUUUACAUCUAGCGCCAUCUGGCAGUAGAAAAUCCCAGCAUGGAUACAGGCAUGAAAUCUCGACACUUUCUACCUCCAGCAGUGCUCAGUCGGCUGAAAUGCAACAAGACGAACAACAUCAAGUAUCCAAAACUUGUGUGGAUCAAAUGGGUCAAACACAGCACUCAGAUUCCAGAAAAAGCGUACAACCUCUGGAAAGCAAGAUGCAAAGAUAUGAUUCACUUGGAAGUAUGUCCCAGGAUACGAAGAACUGCCGCACCAUUAGAAAACAACUCUCUCAGGAAUAUGUGGAACAAUCAUCACUGCCCAUUUCUACAGCAGGGCAGUCCACCCAUCAAGAAAAAUCGCUGCAGUCUAUGAGUCAGAUUAGGACCCAACAGCCGUCAUUACCCUGGGCUCCCGUUUCCCCAGCACUUCAACCCAAUAAUCAGGACAAAUCACAACAGCCGUCAUUACUCUCGACUUCAGAUUCUGUAACGGUAAUGUCAAUCAAUCAAGUCAAAGCCCAUCAAUCUCAGGUUUCUUCUCAGAAAGAUGUUUCUGGGUAUCCCUCAGAAUACUCAGAUUUAGUCGAUGUCAAGUCUAUACCUAUUUCGAAUAUGCACACCAUCAAUUACGACAAUGGUCAAGUCACUAGAACUGAAAGUGAUGAAAAACAUCUAUCCUCGGCUUCUUAUUUUUCUUCCUCUCAGAAUGUCUCUCAACAACAAAAGGAACAGCAGCAACGACAACAACUGACUACUUACGAACCAUCUAAACCAAAGACUAUCGACUUACAGAGCCAAAAGAAACAGAAACAACGGUCUGACAGCCAAGAGUGGUCUCCAGUGAUAGAUCUUUCUCCAAUUGUUGAUGUUUCUCCUUCUGUGGAAGCAGCAGAACAGGAGCUCAUGGGGACGUUUCAAGACAUUAAUGAAUACGAGGAACUUAUUCCUCAGAUGUCUAUGCCGAGAGUAACCAGUGGUACCAUACCAGAAAUGUUAGCAAAUUAUCAGAAGUCUUUAGAACAAACACUAGAAGAGACUCAACAAACUUUAUCUUCGGAAGGAGCCCAAUUAGAAAAGACGUUUCCAGAGGCUGUCAGAGCUGAUAAAGAAAUCUCUUUAACAAGUAUAAACCAGGCUACAGUUUCUCGAAUCACCGAGAAGACAAGACCAAUACCCAAGGAACAGUCAGCUCCUAUUUCUAUUGCUCAGAUUGUCACUACUCAAUCUCAGAGUCCGAAAGCAGCUAGCAGUCGUCGAAUCCACAGGAGACUACCCCAGCCUACCCUUGAACAAAUGCAAGAAGCAAUAGCUUUAGCAGCUCAAACUCCAAAGUUUAAGUCACCACAACAUCGAGGACAAACGACGUCAAUUUAUGAUUCUCAACCCCCCAAAGAGCAGGGAAGUAGUGGCGAAGUACCCGCUGGACGAAACGUUUCGCCAGUUAUUUCGAAAAAAGGUUUAACGGAGAAAAUUCAAAGUCAUCAGCAGCAACAUAAACCUCUACUACAGUCAGAAUUUGAGCAAAGGAAUCAAAUGAUAAAAGUUGCGGCAGGGGAUACAAAAAAAGUUGUACUUCGAGCUGCGACAUCCACUAUAAAUGCUACCGCAACAACGCAACCUUUUGCUAUACAGCCUACUGCCGUGACCCGCAGCUUGAUGGUGUCUGAAGCUGGAACUCCUCUUCAAUCAUCUGCAAUCUUGUCCUAUGGCAGUAGCACACAAGCAGCGCCCUCUGUUUCUUCGCAGUUUGGUAUGAUGUAUAGUAAUAGCCAAACCUUGAUGAUGCGUUCUCCUUUCUUGGAUAGCCGAAAGUACGUUCCUGAGUUGAAGCAAGAAAUGUUUGCUGCGAGAGGAACACAGAACAUAAACUUUGGUUACAUUAGAUCAUCUUCAGUCCCUGACUCUGUCAGUAAGAUUGGGACUUAUACACAAGCUCAAAGAGAUAAGGCUGGAGAUUCAUCUGACACGCAAAGUGAGACAGGAAGUUCAACAUCAGCCAAACUUCGACGGCAACUUCCACAUCCACCACCAAAUCAAGAAGUGUCUUCCAUCGCAAACAUCCGUCGCCGAAAGGAUCGAAGAAGAAAUCUGUCUGUUGGUAGCAGUCCACUUAUGAUUCAAGAAAGACAUCAGCUUAAAAAAUUACCUGAUCGAGCAUCAUCUUUAGAAGAAAGUAUUCCGAAAACAUUGGAUUAUAACAUCACGAGAACAGAUCCUCUUGCCUAUCUCCCAACACACACAGAAGCCUACAUCAACCAAUUGUCUGACUCAGUAUCUGGAUUUUAUUUGCCUAAAACAACAGAUGCCUACUUUCCUUGCUCGACGAUGACAACAGAAGCGCCGAAAGACAGUUCUGCAACCAAAGCAGCAACUCAACAGUUGAUCCAGCCAUCAGAUCUCAAUGUGUCUCGAGCAUCUAUUCCUUCUUACAUGUACAGCUUAAAACAACAACUGCGUGAGGAAUUAAAGACGGUUACACAGGAAAGAAUAAGGCUUGCAGGUCUGAAAGAAAAGGGCCAGGAACUGGGCUUACGUCAUAAAAGUGAAACCGAUAUUGCUUCUCUGUUACUAACAUCCUCCAGUUUGGGCGACCUGUAUGGAAAUAAGAGAAUCCGUUCAGGCGCUGUGAGAACAAUAUCUACGUCUGCACAGACAUCUCCUCAGGAUAAAGAGAAGGUCGUAUUUCUCCAGAACCCCUCAGAAUGCAAUGUAGAAAUGAAAGAUAUGUUUAAUACAAAGGAAUAUCUAGAUUCUUCUGCUAACUUAUCACCUUAUACGUCGUUUCGUGACGAGACUCCAGUAUUGGUUCACUCUAGAACAUUUGAGUCUUCUCGUGGACGGGAUUUACCAGAUGAUGGAUCUGGCCCGUCCUGGUAUACGGAAACAUUAGACAGAGGCUUAGUUAGCCAUUAUCACCAACGAAGAAUGUAUCCACAAGACAGCCCGAUAGAAGAGAUUCAAGAUAUACCUUCUUUUCGUCUGAGAGAGAUUGUUUAUUCCGAUAACAUUAAAGAUCAAAGAGCCCUAUUUGGUAGCUAUAAAAGGGGGCGGAUAACUGGUAGACAUACAAGGUACAGCACGGGUCUCGGGGAAUCAUUCUCAGAUGCAGGUGCUGACUGGGAUUCGCAAGAGUUGAUGAGAGGGUACCAGUACUUUUUGGAUGAGAGGCGAAGACGACGAGAACCAACGAUUCGAAAACCUAGAUCGUGGCACCCUUCUCCUUACGGCUCAGAGGAUGAAGAUGAUUUGCUGACACGUGAUGAAAUUAUUAAAAUUAAAGGACACACGGGAAAAGGAGAUUCUUACACAGAGGAUACUGGCAGGUUGCGCAAAGAGUUGAGAAAACUUGCAAGGAAAAGAGAGUCCUAUGAGAAAUUUGGUUAUCGUGGCGAAGUCGGAACUAGAGAUUAUUAUACCACUUCUUAUCAAGGAGAGAUCCUGAUGUCUCCUAGACGACGCUUGCGAGACGCGCAAGGUAACUUGGGAUUUCCUCCUUCGAGUACUUUUCAUUCGUAUGACAUGUUGUAUCGUGGAGGACCGUCGUCAUGGACGAAAUAUGAUAUGGGAUCUUCCAAGCCACAGACAUCGGGAGGUUAUAGCCACGUUGCAGUCCCAGCUAGCUACUCAACUCCCUCACUUUCCAGACAUGGUUACGUUCGAAAGCCAGAAGUGCUUUGGUAUGGCAGCGAACCUACAAGUCCUUCAGCCCGAUUUCCUGAAAAUACAGAAGAGGAUAAUAGUAUCGCUAGAAUUGCUUUAACAUUCCCAGCAAAUGGAAACACGACCUCCAGAAUACACCGCCAUAACCGCCUUCCAAUUGACUCUUUUCUGGACUUUUCGCCCGCAACACCAGACUCGGAAACUCCACCAGAGGUGCCCGAAUUCACUCCAGCCAUGCCAAUUCUUCCCGACAUGCCUUCUCGUUCUCGAAAACUUCUAGAAGAUCUAGGUAGUGCUCCUAUUGUUGGACCUCGCUCUCACCAAUCACAGAGAGAGUUUAGUCAUCCUGAUCGGCCCAGAGGUCAUCACAGAGAAGGGAUGACAAGAGGAGAAUAUCGAGAGAGCAAAGUCCAAGAGAGAAGCUCACCUCGAAGGCGAAACCAAUACGAUUUUCCAGUUAAAAGAAUCCUACUGACUCGAGAUCCUAAGGAUCGGUUUGUGAAGGGAAAUGGAUUUGGUUUAGAAAUUAUUGGGGGCAAAGAAAUUCCUGACAAUAAUGGAAUGACUGGAGCAUAUAUUGCUAAAAUUUACCCCAGCGUCAUGGUCGAUACUUUGGGAGAGGUUGCAGAAGGCGAUCAAGUUCUAGAAUGGAAUGGAAUUACUUUAAAUGGCAAAACGUUCGAAGAAGUUAAACGAAUUAUUGCGUCUUCCGAAGACGAAGUAGAAAUGGUUAUCCGAAGUGACUUAAAUGUCCUCAAACCGCAGGGAGUGAGUCACGUGCAGCGACAUACCCCAAAUCGUGGAUAUAGACCGUUCGAUGACUCUGGUCCAGGUCAGGGUCACAACCCGCGUGGAUCUAGUGGGAGACCUAGAGACUUUGGGAGGCUCUCCCCAGAACGGAGCUAUUAUAGUGGAAAUAAUGGCACCAGGAGUGUAUGGAGACGCAACCAUCCUGAAAAUUUAACAUCGUCACAGUUGCAUAACCAAAAUCCUCGGACUAACAGUCUCGAUCGUUUAGGCUCUCCUGGUGGUUAUCCUGUGGACAUUUCUCACAUGGACAAUCAUGUAGAUGUCCCACGUGCUUUUGAUGAGGGUGCUAUCCAGUCACACGCACGUCACGAAUCAGGAACACUCAACCACAAUCAUCAUCCGAUCUUACCUCUCUCUACUUCAACCUAUCAAGGGUCUCUUCAGGAUAUGCCGGGGUCACGAGCCGCAGGUCACAAGUUACCUAGCAACAGCCCUACGGAUGAUGAACAGUAUAAGCUCCAAGCCCCACACAUAGCUGGUGAAAUAAAAAUUCAAGUAUGUUUUGACUCCAAGGCAUCCAUACUUUAUGUUACCAUUGUAAAAGCACGAAACCUUGGAACAUCAAGGGACAACAGCGGCUUCCCCGAUCCCUUUGUAAAAUGUUAUCUUCUGCCCGGAAGACGUAUUGAGAAUCAAAGACGGACACGAUAUUUCUCUCGGUGUAGUAACCCAGAGUGGAACCAGACCAUGGUUUACCCUAACAUUACCAGAGAGUUAUUACAGGAAAAGUUUCUGGAGAUUAGCGUGUGGAAUUACGACAUUCAUAAACCUAGCGAAUUUCUUGGAGAGGUCAUUGUGGACUUGGCAGAUGAAUCUAUGAUAGACGAACAAGCAAGAUGGUGUAAACUACAAAAUCAUGACAAGAGCCGAUAUCCACGCGACCCUUCUGGAAAAACUCGAAGUAGCCUAGAAAAUGACGGAUCUGGUCAAAAGAUGGCGCGUUUGCAAAAUGUUAGUGGCGAGGUUAAAUUUCACCCUGAUCAUGAAAAAAAGUUCCACAAACAUUACCAUCGGAAAUCCGUGGCAUCAACCGAUUCUACAAAGGUGAGUAGCCAACAACGUAAAGUUCCCACGUUCCCAACAAGCAACUUAACUGCCCAUCCAUUGCUUCCUCAAGGCUGCCAAGGUGCAGGUUGUAAUAUAUUUUAAUGAUGUGUCCAGGACGUCGCAAACGAUUGAUGCUGAAAGUAACAUACCGUACAGCUUUGAAUGUGAGUGUAUAUCUCGUGAGCCUGUCGACGUCCUUCUUCGCUGUAUAAUACUCUAAAAUUAUACAUUUUAGAACUAUCUUAAAACUGACACUAGUUUCUACGUUUGAGUGUUGUGACAAAAGCCUUGCCACUUCCCCUCGUCUCUAACCAGUUCUUCAGAGGUAUAUUCUACUUUAUACUGUGCACAGAGUAAAAUAUUCGUAGUUGACAUCGAAUUAGAUUCUCAUCUCAACUGUAUCUUCGUACGUACGUUAGAAGAUAUCUCGUAAAGUGAUGAUGACGUAAUCCGAUCCUGUUUCAUUUUCACAGUUUUUCUUCCUGGUGAUAAAAGUUAAAACGCUCAUGUUCGAAGUUGCAAUUUCUACACUUUCAGAAGCCUAAUUAUAUUCUUUACACAAUUAUACAAACGUGUAAAAGGUCCCUCUCUGUAGUAAAUACAGUUUUGAACUGCCUUUAAUAAUGUGCAGUCUUCCUAGUAUUAUUUACCUGCUAAAAUUUAGAAUAACAAAUGUCAUUCCUUUCUGAUGUUGGAAACUUGAGUUUAGUAGUACAGUGCUAGUUUAUAUCAUUUACUUCAAGCCCUAGUUGUACUUCAGUAUACGAACAUUAAUCUUAAGAUAAAAAACAUUACACCAUUUUUAUUUUUAGGUAAAUACCAAUUGAAUUUCUAAAGAAAUAAUUUCUACCUCAGUUGUGUUUUAGUUUUGAUAACAAUGUUCUUCCUGGUUCAAUGUGUAUAUUACAAACUGACGUUUUCUUGCAAAAACUAACCUGUUUAAUUAUUUUGUAUUAUCACUCAAAAUAUAUGACAUUUCGGAUCGAAAAGUUGAGCUCUAAUGUGAACCUUGUAUUCCAGUUUGUGAUUCUAUUUUUAAUUAUUUCUAUUUCAGAAAAGAAUACUGUUACGUCUCCGUUUGUUAAUUGAUUUUCCGUAACUU